CGUUGCACCCAGGCGCUAAUUAGCAUAAAUAUAAAUGCUGAUUUCUACACAAUGGAGACAGCUAUUAAAAUAGGACCAAAACCAUCACAAAGUACUGACGAGCGCGCUUCUUGCAUAGAGAGUCCGAGCGAAAUGGAAUCCAGUGCAUCAAGAUACCGAAAGAAACACUUAUUUGGAAAAACUCUCAAUGCAGAAAACAAACAGUUAAUACAGACGGAAGGGACGUUGUGUGACCCAGCACGUCGGUCCAGUGACAGUGGAAGUGAGCAUUCCCUGAGCAGAGCCCCCUUGGGGCUGACACUGGAAGAUCUCGAGCAGCCCAAUCACUGCGCUCCCAGGGAGAGUGUGCCUAGACAAAGGAACACCAUGUUUCUGAGUGCCCCUGAUUCCCUCAGGACAGGACAGGAUAAGACAGGGUCACUGAGGAGCACUGAACAAGAGAAUAAGAAACUGAGAGACAAACUGCUUAUUCUGCAGGAACAAAAUGCUGCACUGACCACACAAAACCGCUCGCUCAGGAGCCGAAUGGAAUCUGUGCAGCUGGAACUUGCAAACUGCAAAUCAAAACCAUCAUCCAAGCAGACCUUUGAUGUUCAUUUUGGAGCUCGAACAUUCAGAAUCCCAGACCUUGAGGAACAGGUUGCAAGUCUGGAAGCAGAGUCUGAAGCACAAGAGAAAGCACUAAGGAUUGCUGAAGAUAAAUUAGUGGAGAGUCACCACAAAAUGGCAGAAAAAGAGCAAAUUUUGCAAAAGUUCAGAGAGGAACUGAAGAAAAUGAAAAUGGAGCUGUCUGAGUGUAAUAAAUGUUGUAAGAGGGCUGAGAAACAAAGAAACGAAGCAUUACUGAAUGCUGAAGAACUGACUCGAGCUUUCCAACAAUACAAGAGGAAUGUUGCUGAGAAGCUGGAAAAGGUUAAGGCAGAAGGAGAUCUGGUUAAUAAGAAUCUCCAGAACUUUGAAAGAGAGCGAGGGGAUUUACUGGAGAAGUGUACAAAUCUGGAGAAUGAACUGGAGAACCUCAGAGAGCAUCUAAGAAAUGUCAUGUCGGAGAAGACCGAUGAGAAAGAGAAGCAGAAAAGUGUUGAGCUGAAAAACCUAGAGCUUAUUUCUCUCCUGACGCAGUCCAAUCAGAGGGUUCUUAGACUUGAGAGUGGUCUGGAAAAUAAGGAGAAAGUGCUUCAAGACAACAUAACUCUUAUGAAUGAAAAUAAGGAGUUAAAGGAGCGCCUUAUGGAAAUGGCAAACCAGAAUGAAGUGAAGCAGUGUGGCUCAGAGUCGGUGGGCAUGAAGCUCACCUCACAGUUAAAGAAUGACUUUUCAGAUCUUGAACGUCUAAGAAAUAACAUGUCGGAAAAUGUGAAUAAAUUAGAAUGUGAUAACAACAGAUCACUCCUCGCAGAACUGAGGGCAAAAUUAUUAAAGAAAGAAGCUGAAAAUCAAGAACUUCAAGCUAAAAUUUUUAUUGCAAAUAGCAGUCACACGCUAGACACUGAACCAGUAAAACUAACUUUACAACAAUCAGAAAUAGAGAAAUUCCAGCGCUUCGAGUCGGUGAGCAAAGAGUUACAGGAAGAAAAUGAAAGACUGACUGACACUGUGAGAGAAUUGAAGCGGAAACUUAGUAAAGCCCAAGCCGAAACUGCAAACGCCAAGCUCUCCAUGGCUCAGAGAACCAGCCAGUUUCAGCUCAUCCAGGAAGAACUGCUGGAGAAAGCGUCAAAAACAACCAAGCUAGAACAGGAGAUGACAAAGAAAUCCUUGAAGAUUGCCUCCCUGCAAAAAUUAUUGGAAGACAAGACGGAGACUUACUCAGGUGCUGUAGCUAGAAACGCCAAACUGGAGGAGGAACUACGGGAUUUCAAAGCUCAAAUUCGUAACUUGGAGGAAAACAUUUCUAAAGAACACCAAGAAGUUAUCAUGGCCUUUGAAAAAUCAAAAACUGUGUACCUGGAUCGACAGAAUGAACUCCUGAAACAGAUUGAAGAUCUCAGUUGUCAGCUGGAAAUGAAGAACCUGGAAGCAGCUGAACAAGAGUUUACCAUCAAUAAUCUUCAAGAAGACGCAGCUUCAAAACAAAUGCAGCUGGAGGCUCUGGAUAACAAGCUGGUAGAAGCAAGGAAGGAACUGGAGCUUCACAGAAAAGGUGCAGCUGACAAAAUGAAAAUACUUGAGAACCUAUUAGAGACUGAAGCCGUGACGGUUAAACAGCUUGAAUCGGCCUUAGCUGUUUGUAAAAAAGAAUUGGGAUUAUAUUUUCAGCAGCUGGAAGAGAACAGAGAACAUUUUGAAAAUCAGACCAAAAAAAAGUCGGAGGAGGUUCACUGUUUACAGAAGGAAAUGAAGUUUAGAACACAAAACCUACAGGAAACCACUGAAGAGAAUGUGCGUCUACGGCAGACCCUGCAUCAGCAACAGCAGAUGUUACAGCAGGCAACUACCCGGAUUGGGGACCUGGAAGACACCCAAGCAGAGCUGGAGAAACAGGUUUCCAAAUUAGAAUUUGAACUUGAGAAACAAAGGUCGUCUUCUCAAGUAGAUCUGAAAGCGGCAGAGGAGGCACUUCAGGUUGCUAAUGAGGAAUUGGCUUGCAAAGCUCAUAACGUUCAUGAGUUGGGUGACACAGUUAGUCAGCUGAAGGAUGAAUUGGACCUUUGCAAAGAAAAGCUGAACCAAGCAGAAAUAAAGCUGAUGACUGCCACUGUUGAGAGGGAAUCUAAGAGUGACAAAUUGAGUCAACUGGAGUUGAUGUUACAGAGGACACAAAGUGAUCUGAGCGAUAAGACCCAGCUUGUGGCUUUACUACAAGAGAGAGUAGCCAUUGCUGAAAAUGAUCUGAUUAAAAAAGGAGAGAUGACAAUGGACUUGCAGAAGAGUACGAAGCUUGUUGAGGAGCUACAAGAAGCGCUCACAAAGACUCGCCUGUCAGUGGAAGAGAAAGAAGUGAUAAUACAAACCCUUAGAGAAGAAUUAAGGACAUGCAAGGCUGAACUGGAAGAGAGAGAUCAUGAGCUGCUUGACUUGGACCAAGCCCUAAAAGAUCGCAACUGGGAGCUAAAACAAAGAGCAGCACAACUCACUCAUUUAGACAUGAGUAUUCGGGAACAUAAAGAGGAGCUGCAACUGAAAAUUUCUCAUCUUGAGCGCACCCUGAAGAAAUCUGAAUUGGAAACAAAAGACUAUAUUAAACAGAUUUCCAAUCUUGAUGAAACUCUACAAAAAGCAAAGGGUCAGCUCCGUGAAAAAGAUUUUGAGUUGCUACAGAAAGACCAACAUAUAACGCAGCUACAAAAUGAAGCUGAGAAAAAGCAGCAAACAAUAAUGGAGAUGGAGCAGACCAUUGGAGAGCAGCAGAAGAGCAUCUCUGAGCAGCAUCAAGAGGGCAAUGAUCUCAGCCAGCAAGUGAGGCUGGCACGGGAACGCAUGCAAUUCACUCAGUUAGAGCUCAUGGAAACCCGACAGCAGCUGGCUGAAUCUCAGAAAGAAUCAGACAGGCUUACACGUAAGCUGGAGGCAAUGGAUCUUCAGUCCAGAGAAGAGAUGCAGCACUUGAAACAAAAUCUGGAUGAUGCUCAGGAUACAAUUGCUAAUUUAAAAACUGAACUUGAAGCCAGAAACGAGGUGAUCAAAGCAACUAAUGAAGUGUUAAUCCUGAAGGAGUCUGAGUUGACCAGGUUAAAAGCCCGUAUUUCAGGAUACGAAAGAUCACUUGCCCUCAAGCAAAUGCCAAACCACUCCUCUCUUUCUCCUGAUAUAUUUGGUGGCUGCCAGGCUCUGGAAUCAUACAAACUUCCAGAAUCCUCUGAUUUGAACUGGAACAUGGACCAUUCGUUAAGUGACCUAAGCCUUUCUGAUGUUAGUUCUGUCGAUUUCAAAAAUAGGAUGGAAGGCAUGAAGAACUUCAUCCUGUCCGAUUCUUCACUAGCGAGGAUUGCCAGCGACAAGAAUGUCCUUGUACCAUCAGACAAUUUCACCGAAACCUCAUUUAACCCGUUAGAGCAUGCUGUCGAUCAUUGUAACACAACAUGUGACACUCCCGAUCUAGGCACUCUCAGCGGUAUGCUUAAGUACAUUAAAGAGGAGAUGAAUUUAUCUGAAGGCCUAUAACCUAUAAGGAAAGCAGUUUUGUGUUUUUAGCAAUAUAUUAUUUUCCAGGUAUGAUGAUGAUGACCUCUUUAGAAUUUCACCACUGGUCACAGCUGUCGUGUUCAGAUGGCUAAUUGACAGCCAAAUCAAUGCUUUAUUUGACUAGAAGUACUACAUUUUUUUUACAAGGCAGCAGAGAUGAGUAAGACAAAUUUGUGGGCGACUGUAGGGUGUCACCUUCGUAAAAGGGAACCGUGAUAGCAGGGGAAUGAAUAUGCAACCAAAUAGCAUUAAGCUAGGAGCAAAGUUCGGAAGAACCUUUCAAGGUACCGAUGCUACAGCCCAAACUCCAUCCGAGAUCAUCUUCUCCCUGGAUUACAAGGGUCAGGGCCGAAAGGAGGAAGAAAAGAGGACUAAUUUCAGAUGCGGCUUGUCUAUAAAAGAUGAGGAAGCAGUACUUGAACUGUCCAAUAUCAAAUUUAUACAAGACAUAUCGGGACAUUUAUAAAGUCCAGCGUCUUGUAUGCCGGGCUAACUUUGCCUGGUCCUCUUUAUCUUGUUUACAGUUAAUAGGCCACACAAAUCAGCUUAAAUACGAGCAAAUUACUGUCUAGUACUGGAUUUUGUUGGCUGAGAACAUUAACCUCCUUUACAACCGCAGUGUUUUGAUCCUUAAUGACCCCUACCUUUUGCUGUAUUUUGCGGAUCACGGACCCAUUCAAGUUAGUGUGUCCGCACUGCAAUAUGGAAUUCACACGGCCGCUGGCUGUGCAUAGUGGGCCGGUAUUUGCAGUCCACAGCACGGGCACGGCGACCAUACGGUCAUGUGAAUUAGCCCUUAAUGAAAAGGGAUCCUAAAAUGAAAGUGUCUUAGUCUGACAGCUUUUGCUGUGUUAAGGCCUAUGUUUAUAUGUAGCUCAUUGCCGGUUUCUUUCUGCACUGACAUGAGCCGUGUUGAUUGCGUAUCUUCUAUUAUGUUUGUAUAUGGUGUACAUUCUGCUAUUUAUUUGUAUACAUGUUUUCCA